GAUGGACUUAUGAAACUGCUUCGUUUACCCAUAAUCCAUUGGACUGUCAGUUAAUAAAGUGGUUGUCCUUCAUUCAUUAAGAAUGUUUAAACUACUUUUUAUUUGUUUUUCUUUGGGUCUUCAGGUCUAAAAAGAUGAACUUUCUCACUUAUUCGGAUGCUGUGCGUGACUAGUACAGGCGAGAAUGUUAUUUAUGGAUUCAUUUGUAUUUUGUCUAAUGUUUUGAGUCUACUUUUGACAUUCUUUUGUCUUCCAGAUGUUAACGAGUGUGAGUUGAGCAAAGGAGGCUGUGAGGGCCAGUGCUGCAACACCAUCGGCAGCUAUUACUGCAAGUGUCCUGAAGGGAGCAGACUGGGGUCAGAUGGCAAGAGCUGUGAGGAUGUAAACGAGUGUGAGGAGUUCAAUGGAGGAUGCCAGCAAACAUGCAUCAACACAGCAGGCUCUUAUCACUGUGAGUGCAGCGAAGGGUUCCGCAUGCACACAGACGGACGGACCUGCAUCGCUCUGAAUUCUUGCUCCAUCCUGAAUGGUGGAUGUGAGCACAGCUGUGUCGACAUGGGCAACAAUCACUACAAAUGUGAAUGUCGGAAGAACUACAAGCUGAAGAGAGACGGGAGACACUGUGAACUGAGGAACCCCUGUCAGGACAGAAAUGGAGGCUGCGCCCAGAUCUGUCAUUCAAAUGUUGGCCACGUGCGCUGCAGCUGCCGUUCUGGUUUUAGAUUGGAUGGAGAUGGCAGGAGCUGUGCAGACAUUGAUGAAUGCAGCGCUGGCUCUGCCCAGUGUUCUCAUGCUUGUGUCAACACGGUGGGCUCCUUUAGGUGUGUGUGUCAUCCAGGAUUUGAGCUCGGUGCUGAUGAAAAGCAGUGCUAUCGCAUCGAGAUGGAGAUUGUGAAUAGCUGCGAGAAGAACAAUGGAGGGUGUUCCCAUCACUGUGAGCAUACCACCAGUGGACCCCUCUGCUCCUGCAACAAUGGCUUCCAGCUAAACCAUGACAUGAAGACCUGUGUUGACAGUGAUGAGUGUGCCAGCGAGGAGUCCUGCUGCAGCCAGGUCUGUAGAAACUACCCCGGUGGCUACGAGUGCAGCUGCAGAGCUGGUCUCAGACUGAACCCAGACGGCUGUGGAUGUGAUGACAUUGAUGAGUGUCUGGCCGAGACAUCCGGCUGUGAGCAUUACUGCAUCAACACCUUAGGAUCAUACGAGUGUUUUUGUCCAAAAGGAUUCCGCUUGAACCAUGACAAGCACUCCUGCAUCUCACUGUAUGGAGAAGAACUGCAAGAAGAAGAGGAGGAGGAAGACGAGGAAGAGGAGCCGUUGGAUCUUAGUCGCUUUCAAGAUUUGCUGCUUCAUAGGAACCCUCAGCUCCUGCAGUACACAUCAGCCCUGCGCUCCCAUCCUAGUGUCCAUGAUGCUGGUGUUCAUGACAGUAAAGAAGACGUAGAGAGAGAGCUGAUGCUGGACACUCACAUAGUGUGUCUAGGAGGCUACUUUGGGGAUGACUGCACUUUAAGCUGUGAAGAUUGUGUGAAUGGAGCGUGUACGGAGAGCAAUGAUCGAUGUCAUUGCUUACCUGGCUGGACUGGGAUUAUCUGCAAUGAAAGUAAGUAUCAUGAAAAUUGGUAAAUUUGAAGUUCCUAUUUUUAGAAAACGUAUUUGUUUGGAUGUUUUAUCCUUUAGAGGGGAUCUAUGUACCCUUAAUCAAGGUCUAAAG